AAAAAAGAUUUAGUCGUCUUUCUUUAUGACUGUGCUUUGAGCCUCCUCACUGGAAGAUUUUGUGACCUUGCCCAUGAUGGAGAGAGUGUGUGUGCAUCCCAGCAGGCGCUCCUGUUGAUUGGACGGGCCCGGCUGGCUCAGAGUAUCACUGCCCUUUAUCUCGUCUCUCAGCUUUUUCACUUGGCCUUAUAGUUGCAACACAAACACACAAAUGCUUUGCAAAUGAUUCAUGGUCAAAGAUUUGUAUCAGAAAAAAAGCAGAGAGUCUGCAUUAAAUCACACAUGUAAAAAAGAAAAAAGCAAGUGUAGAUCCGUAGCCUGAAAAUUAUCCACAGUUAAGGCUCUGUGAUGCAGUUGCUAUGGCAACUAUGAUAGAAAUAGACGUGUAUCUGCAAGGGAAUGAAAUGUAUUGAACUGUUGUUUAGAAACUGAGGGAGAUUUUACACUUAUGAUUGACAGCUUUACUGACUGCAUAGAGAUUUGUGUGUUUGUGAGAUUCACACUUUUUUUAACACUUGUGCAUUUGUGUGUCUUUGUGUGUGCAUGCGCCAUGUCUUUUUAAGUGUGUGUGUGUGUGUGUGUGUGUGUGUCUCUGCAGUACAUUAAAAGUGCAGCACCAUGGAUGGAGGUUAUAGGGCACGUCAUUAUGAUGGUGGGAGAGUGUUGGUGGGUCUGCGCUGCACUCUGUGGCCCCUGUGUGAGAGCAGAUAAGCCCUAGCAGAGACAACACAAUGCAUUUAAUGGGAUGGGAUUCUGAUUGUAGCACCUCUAUUGUUGUGCUAGCCGUGAUGAUGUUGCGAGUGUAUCGUGUCAAACAUUACCCAAUGGCCAGAUAUUAUGGUAAUGAUUUAAAUGGCUUUUCUUUGUGGGGAAUGAUAAAGGAUCUGUGUUUCAGCAUUAAAGGACCAUUAUAGAUUUAGAAAGUGUUAUCCAUUGCACUGAAAUCUCACAAUUGUGGGUUUUUUUUUAUCUGUUAUUGACUGAUUCAUUUCUUCUCCAUAUUGCCUUUGUACCGUUGCACCUUCAUCACUCUUCCAAUUCAUUCCCUCUUGAAGUAAGAACAAAGGCUAGUAAUAAAAAAACGCUUUGUAAAGGCAUGCAAAAACUGCAUUUGCAUUGUUAUUACAAUCUGAUAGUUUAUGGUAGAAAUUGGUGAAAUUCAGUGAAAUGGCAAAAGCUUUGGAGAGAGGGUGGGGAGUUGGAGGGAUGUGAUGGAGAGAGAUGAGGGAGGGGGUGCAGGAAAAUGAGUGUGUAUGCAUUUUCAAGGCGGUCUUUCUGUUGCAAGAAGAAGAAAAAAAAACAGGAAAACGAACAGAGUCGAGCUGCUGAUGAAGGCAUGCAAAUGUGAUUUAGUGGCGGAAACUGACGCUAGAGAUCUUAAUGUGUCGGUGGAGGCUUCAGGGAUGGCAGUGUGUUUCAUUUUAGUUGGAGAAAGGUGGAAUCACCUCAGCGGUGUGUGAAAGAGGGGAGAGAGAGGGAGAGUGAGAGUGAGUGUGAGAGAGAGAGAGGCGAGGGAACAAGAGGGGAGGGGGCGGGGGUGUAUGGACCUUACUGCUACGGGACCUACAGGCACCCCGAUUGUGCUCUGCUCUCAUCAUUUUUGGACGUGAGGACAAAAGAAAAAAGGGGGAUCGGAAGAAAGGCCCGGGAUCUGAGUGUCGUGACGGGCCCCCCGACUUCGCCGCCGCUGGUCGGGGUUGUCUGGACUGAAAAGGGUGAAGGAAAAGCGGCGGAGCGGUCCACUCGAGACUGGGGUUUCCUGCCACAGCAGCGGGAUUGUCACAAAACAGCCUUUCAGUAUUUCGAGGGGCCUUGUAUUGCUACGUUUUCAGGUAGAGUAUGUUAGCUAGCCUCUCUCUCUCCUUCUCUCUCUCUCCCCCUGACUGACUGACAUGCCUCUCCCUGGUAACGUUAGCUCUGUUUAUUCAAAGGAAACCGUCACCCUGCGUUAUAUUUUUGUAAUGCAGCCUCGUCUCAGCUCUCUUAUGCCUGCUUCCCCAUUUACUUUGAGCCUUGGUGAAUUUGUGAGGGGGAAAACAUCUGCACCUAAUCACCUCUCUUUUGUAGCUGCUCGGCUGUCUCGUGCCUUUAGCCUGCUGUAACUAACGUCUCAUGCACGCUCACUAAAUGCUCGAAAUAAACGCAAAUUAGCCAUCUUGCUAAGAUGCUAAGUGGCGCUUUAUAGCUUAGUUAGCUCCCACGUAUGCGACUACUUCGCUGAUAUAAUAUGCAGUUUGUGAGGUAUGCGAGCUAACGCUAACCUUACAAAGCUUAAAUAGGUUGCACUACAAGGCUAAAUGUACUGCGCAUAACGUUACCUUGCUACUGGCUAAUGUAGCCUCUAGAGCUAUGCUACAAAAAGCCAGUGUGUUAAUGACUGUGAGACGACAAAUCAUGAGAAUAUCAAGGAGCUGGCGUUUGAUAGUUAUCUGCAAUAACACUGCGUAUGCUGUAAUCAAUUAGGCAGCUCAGCCAUUGAUUGAAUUACUGACAGACUGCACUGAGCUAAUUUUAAUGAAUACUGCACUCCUCUGUAUACUGUGAGCUACUGACCCCCUAAAUGUGACACCUGAACAAAGGUUACAAGAUGUGAAAUGUUUGUUUGUGUAGUCUAUGGAAGCCUUAAGCAGACAUGAAUCUGUAGGUUUUAUUUAGUUGAAAUCGUGGUAUAACAUCAUUAUGAUCAGACCCUGGGAUGUCCCCAAACAACUAGUUCAUAAGGUUGUCUAAACUGGAGUUUAAAUUCUAAUGAAUUAACCAGCCCAAAGGUAAAUAACCACUCAGAAAAUUGCCAAAAUUGAGCACAAGUUAUCCAACAUGGCUAAACAGGAGAUCACAGAGUCUGAGGGUAAACAAUGUCAAAUUGUUUUGCAGAAUGUAAAGGGGCAUCUUGCCUUCAGAUGUACUUGCAGGUGAAUGUCCUCAAACUUGUGCUUGUUAUACUUUAGCAUGUUUGGGUAUUUAUUUUCUGUAUUAAAAUUCUGACAAACAGUAGAACAUUUCAUCAAUACUUUAUUACAUCUGGGUAACAGAGCAAUUAAAGGAUUGUGGCAGUAGAAAAUAACUGUAGCUUCAACAUUGGCUAAUUCUGGAUUGCUGCACUAUAGCGUAGACACAACAUGUUACCCAAAUUUCAGGCCUUAAAUAAUAAAAAUAUCUAAAUCAUUAAAUCUGUUAAUAAUUCUGGUGACAAUGUUUUGUUCUUUAGUCAACUAAGAGUGCACAACUUAUAACUGCAAUAUUAUCACAAUAGUUAUCAAAAACAAACAAGCUUCUAGUCAAAUUAAGGGAAGCCUAGAUAAGGAGUACUAAAUGUCAUUAUUAAAUGUCAUUUCUAGCAAUGUUGAAAGUUAAACCAGACACAGUCUACUUACAAUCUUUUCUCCAUUUCUAGAUCAAAGUACCGACAAACCACAUGGGGCUACAAGAUGCUGUCUGUGCUUGUUUACAUUCAUGUAGUAAAGCAUUUUAGCUUUGUGGCAGCAGCCGUGACUACUGCUAGUUAGCGCUACAGCUUAGUCACAACCUAUCGCUAACAUCUGUAGCCUACCAUGAUAAAAACUGCUGUUCAAUAUCUAUAAAUAUGAAACCGCAAUCAAAUAGUAAUAGAAUUAUUCUGCAAUAAUUGUAAAAUUGCAAGACAGUCUUACAUGGUAUAACAGAAUACAGACUGCCUCUAAAAGGUACAAAGCGCCACCCUGAAAAGCCAUGAAGAAGAGACACAAUGAGUCAGAUUUGUAGGGCGGUCUGUUAAGAGUGCCUCAAUAUUUUGACAUUAAUUUAAUAGUGUUUAAUGAUAGCCGUACAAGACUUAUAUUGCAGAAAUCAGGGUGAUGACAUACUGGCAUAUGGAUGAUUUUUCCAACCCCUAUAAUAACGAUUUAAACAGUGAGGGCUUGUUAUGUGUACUUUAGAGUCUACACUGACACAACAAAAGUCACCAACAUGUGUUAGAGCCAUAAAACAUUUAACUGUGUGCCCCAGGCUGACAAUAGAGCCUCAUGUCACACAGGGCAAUUAUGGCUACUGACCUCAUAAAGGUGGCGUCAUCCCUUUAAUUAUCACCCAUAACAAUUAAAACCCAUUAAAACAAGUAAAGUGGAGGAAAGUUAAUGGUCUUGAGUCUCAUUGUAAAGCAGUGGGAGAUGGGCUGCUUCUGUCCUGGCUCAUCGAGGUUGUUUGUUUACAUGUGAGGUAAUGUUUGUGACCUUGUCCAUGCUGCUUUGUUGCCUAAACUGGAUGCUGCUGCAAACACACUUUUCUGUCCACCAGUUCUGUUUGUUAUCAGUCUGAGGGGACAGCUUAGUUGUGUAUAGUUAAGGCUCCAGCUGCACUAAAAGACAUGCUCUCAGUGCAUAUGAAAGUAAAGGUGUUGAUAAGAGGCUUGCAAAGCUUUUUAAGGACAGAAGGAAGUCGAAUGAGAAGUGUGUGCAACAAGGACAAAAUGUCAACACUGUUGCAGUUUGGUGAAUCUGUUCAUGAUGGUGUUUUGGGAUUACUGAGGAAGACAGGGAUUGUUGUUUUUAUCAGUAGUAUGUGACCCUGGAUCAGUUUUUCUUUCUCUGCGAACACAGCCAAGAGUAUUUAGAAAUAAGAUCAGUAUUUGGAAUAAGAUAAGUUAUACAAAGUCUAAACAGAGGUUUCAAAUCUAAUUUUACAUGUCCAGUUUUUGUUACAGUUGUAAAUAUAUUGAAAUUUGCCCCUUAAUUGUUUAAAUGUAUUCAAGAAUACUCAAUAAUCUUGAUUUCAAGGAAAAAGGCUUUUCAGUUUUAUUGUGUAGUCAUGGUGCAUUCCUCUUGAUUAUUAUUGAAUUACAACAGCAGAUGCAGUUGCAUGCUAACUUUUUGAUCCCUCUUUUGUAUUUGCAGAGUUCUGAAGGCGUCUGGUCAGCAGCUCCAGGAAAAAGGACUUAUCUGCAUGGAAAUACUAAAGAAAAACAGAACAGGAGCUUGAUUUGACUGAACUUGAAGUGGAAUAAAUGGAUUACCCUCCUUUUGGAAACUUGUUGCCAUGGAAGUAGGUAGAAUCAAAUGAUGGUUGACAGAAAAAAACAAAGGUAAGGCAGCGACACGCUGAAGAUACAGGGGAGCACCGAGAAGAAUCCAAACACUGUCAAGGAAAGAACAAUUAUUGAACAGGGACCAAAGACUUCUGCAGUCCUAAUGAAUGCAUGCAGUAGCAGAAAACUAAAAUCAGUAUUUCAAGGGGAAUGACCAAGAAAAAGAACGUCUCGAAAAGUAUUACACUUUGUAUCCAAGAGCUGAUGAGAAUAUCAAUGGAGUGUUUGCCUCUGGGAGUGUUUAGUGAGAGUCUGUAUUCAGACCUCUUGAUUCGAGUUACUGCAGUUUUUGUCUCACACAGGUGUGAGUCAGGUCCUGGCAAACAUACGGAUGAACUGAAGGAUUUUGACCAAACACAGUCUCAAUGGUUUUAUUGAGAUUUUUCCCUCUUUUUUUUUUUUGCUCAAGAUGCUGUCGGAUUGUAACAUAAUUUAAUCCUAGCAUAGCUCUGUUUACUGAGCUGUUGUUGCAGCAAAGGUGACAGUAUAUAUGUAAAGACAUUUGAGAUUGAACAUUUCACACAGUGAUGCUUAAGUCGUCUGUGAUAUCAUCACCUGCUCAGUGCCAAAACUGCUCCAGCUUCAUUGAAAGGACUCAACACUUUUAGUCGUGCAUUUUUCUGCAGCGAAAACCCGCUUCAUCACACUGCUUUUUUCUGUGUGGAAAUUUUUUCAAGUGAACCCUUUUUUUUGGGAAGUGAUAACCCUUCUGCCAUCACAUUGACGAUUUUUACCAUUUGGCAUUUUCAUAUAUUGACAAAAUCAUCAGCUGCUAAACCUCCAUACUUACAUUCUUUAAACAAAAAAACAAGUCAUUAUCAUUUGUGACAUAUUCUCCGGCUUGAAGUCCCUCUUGGAUUUUUAAAGCAUUACCCUGCUUCACUGCCAGGCCGUAGACUCUCUUGUCAUUAACAGUUACUGCCAUAAGCCUUCCCGUUCUUGAUUAGAAGCAUUCCCUCUUACAGACGCUGACAGACAUUUUCAUUUUUAACUGAAACUUGGAGCAACAAUGCAGAAUUUUUCAAACAGUCCGGCUCCACCCUCUCUCCCCCCGGGGUUCAGUGGGAGGGCUGGAGGGGGACCUCUGUAUCCCCCUCAGCCAGCAGAACCUCAAAUCUCUCCAAGGAUGACAGAUGAUUACGCAGGGAUGCAACAGCAGAGCCUGCACAGAGGCCAUCACCACCCAGGUCAAGCCAGCCACAUGCUCGCUUACAGUGCUAGAAACAGAGGAGCUGUGGAGCCAGCGCCAACACAGGGGAACAUGAUCAGCGGCAACACUAGCAACCCUUAUAGGAAGGAUGUCAUGGAUUACUAUUUCUCAAUGGGAGCAAAGGACAGGCACAGAAGAGGGGGCAUGGGUUAUGGCGCUGGAUUUGGCUACCCUAGCAUGGAUGGACACUUACCUCACCAGUACCGGCAUGCUGGAUCUGGCUCUGCACCAUCAUCCAGCAUCAUGUCAUAUCCAGUAGACUAUGGCUCCGCUGCUGGUUCAGGUGGAAGUGCUGGUGCUGGAGCCUUUUCUCCAUCACAUCAGUACAACAUAAGUCAGAAUCCUGCAAUGCAGUCUGUUCAGGGUUCUCAGAUGCAGCACCGCCAGCACAGCCAAACCUUCCCGGCUGUCCACCAUGGGCAGCAGCAGAGAAGCUAUCCACACUCCGGGCACAGAAUGACCCCACAGUACCCACAUUACUCUCCACAGGGUGCUCCAUCCACGGGGUCAUCAGGAAUGUACAGCCCCCCUCCACAAAGAUAUCUUGACGGGGCUGCUGGCACUGGGUUCGAUCCUAAAGUCAACAGUUCUGCCAAUGUCAACUCCAGUUCAAACUCAGCCUCCAGUUCAGUUGCUGCUAACAAUGUGGGGCAAAUGGAGAAUGUUCAACAGGGUUACCAUGCUGCAAAUUAUCCCGGAUAUCCCGCGCAGACACACUCGCUUCACAAGCAAGCUGCACUACAGCACCGCAACUCACAGCACAAUUUAGGGGUAGGUUAUGACAACUCUCUCAAGAUGCAGCACCAGGGCCCGUCUCCAGGAGCGGUAUAUGCUAAACAUCAUCAAGCCUCUAAUGCCAGUAUACCUCAAGCGGCGUCUCUAGAAAUAGCCAAAUCCCCGAUGCACCCAAACACUCAACAAACCCAAAUUAACCAAAACUUUACCCCAAUAUCAAACCCAUCUCCUGUUGCCUCUGCAGUACACUCCCCCAGUUGUAGCUCAUCUCCUUCUCCUCUGAUGGGGGUCUCAGAGGCGCAUGGAAACCCCUCGGGUCAUGGUCCUUCGCAUCCCCAGGCAUCAAAUCCCCGUAGCAGUCAUGGUCAGGGUAGAUUACUGCAGACCAUGCCUCAAUUAAGUCCCACGCCUAAUUCAAAUAGCAGCAUCAGCAGCUGUGGUAGCAGUGGCAGUCAUAAGACUCACAGCAUGAGUGCAGUCGGAGGGAGCAGCCACCCUCCAACAGGUCGCAACAAAAUGGGACUAGGGGCAAGUAUUGGAUCUCGAGAGGAGAGCUCUUCUGUUUAUUCAGCUUCUCCACUUGAUAAAAUGGAUUCAGGCCUGAAUAGUCUUAAUGCCUUGAGCUCACAAGUAGCCAAUUUGCCAAACACAGUGCAGCACAUGCUCCUCACUGACACCGUGCUUUCACAAAAGAGGGGGAAAGAUGGGGGGCAGCUGCAGCAUGCAACACACGGUAUGCCCCCGUCGCAGCCGAGGAGUCGAAAUGCAAGUGCGGCCUCCAGUACCAGCACAGUUAGGGAUGGAUGUGCUGUGGGGAUUAGUGAUGCUGCCAGCCUAGAUACUGGUGCUGAUGAAGACUCCUCACUGUUGUCAGUUGGGGCUUCAUCAGGCACCAAAGUGGAGCGUGAGGAGCAGUUUUCUGAGGGGGAACAUGGGAGGGUAAGACAGAUGAGUGGCGCAAGCAGCGAAUCUGAACCAGUUGGUUAUCAGGCUCCAUCACAAACAGGACAAGCAUCAAAUGUUAAAACCAUCACAUCGGAUUUAUUGUCAAAAGAAACAAAAGUUCCUGAUUCAAAAGCAAAUGAAGCUCCUCCUUCAUCAUCUCCAUCAGAGACCGGCCCAAAAUCACACCCAGCACCUCCAGUCUCCUCCUCCCCAUCGUCCACCUCAUCCAGUAAUGUUCCUCCACAGCCAAACUGUGUUUCAGAGCCCGGUUUAACCUACAAUGACCACAAAGGUGGACAUAGAAAGGCAACAGAAAUAAAAAAUGAAAGUGAAGAUACAUACGGAAAAACAGAGAAAGGCAGUGGUCAAAUGCAACAAGAUGGAGAUGGAGACGUAAACACACAAAACGGUCAGGCCAAAGAGAAUAGGUUGCACACUGCCUCCAGAUUACUCAAUAAUGAAAGUGAAGACAAGUUCACAUCUGAGGAGCAGCAGAGUGUCAGUGGUGUUGGUGUGAUUGUUUCAGCGCGGUCUGAUGGAAGUCUCUCAGAUAAAAACAAGCGCUCUCAAGACAACUGUAUAGAAGAGAAACAGCCACAUUCAUUCUUCAAAGAGUCCACCAGUCACAACGGAGAGGAAGGUAUGGAUCUUAGUUUAUAUUCCUCUCUUCACCAGAAAUCAAAUUUUGGACGGACUCCUCCCCAGUCUGGGCCACACAAAUAUGGCCACCCAGAAUCGACAUAUGGCUCAGAUUUGUCAAUGAGGAACAGAGGACGGGCUGGACUGGAAUCAAAUUCCAGAUACUUGGGGUACCAACAAUCACAAACUAGCUAUGGCUCUGUACAACAGAAAGAAAGUGGCUCUGCAGCCGAGGCUUUGGUAAAAAGAGGGCAAGGAGCAGGUGCCAAAGGCCACGAGGAGAACUCCCAGAUGCAGCAAUUUCCAAGCCUUUUACAAGAAGUUCUACAAGGUUACAAUUUAGAUAGACGUUACAGCAGACCUGAACAGGCAUUUCCUACACAUGUGCAGGUUCAGCAGCAGUUUCAAAGCAGACACCCUUAUAGCAUGACUGAAGCUAUCAGGAUGCAAAGUGGAGUUAGUGAAGUUUCAGCUCAUUCUACUCAAUUGGGAAGCUCUGGGAAGCAUCCACAACCAGCCCAGAGGCAUGGAAGUGAGCUGGAUUUUACUACAGAACCUCAGUCAUCAGUAAAAUCUGAAGUAUCCAACAAUAAGGUGACACUAAAUGCUGAAAAAACUGAAUCAAAUGUCUCCCAGAGUCAUUUACCACAAGCUACAGAGCCCCAGCCACCUCCAACAAAGCAUAUUAACCUUGCUGACUAUUCUCUACCACAGAGAAAAGCGUUAUCCACUACAUCCUCUGCUGUGCAGGAACUCCUUUUGCAAGAGCCAGAGCCACUAUCAGGCAGCAUUGGUCAAAGUGAGGCUCAAAAAUCAUCAGGCUCCAUAUUAGCCCCAUCAGAGCGGCGCUCAGUUAUUUGUGAUGUGUCGCCAAACCGACGCAGCACACCAGAGAGGGACAGAGAAAGUGACAGAGAGAGGGAGAAAAGUCAGAGCGGAGCGUCUGUGAUACAACAGCCAUUUUCCUCUCCAGCAGCAGCCAAUGAUCUGAGUAAAAAGGAGAUUGGGGAGAAACAAGGGGUGAAAAUGGAAACGGCAUCAAAAGAGGGGAGCGCAGACUCUGCAAAUUUACAAACUGACCAUCAUGGCGGCGGUGGAGCUAAUGAGGCUGAUAUGGAGUAUCAUUCCAAGUCUGCUCACUCAUCUGGAGUAAUUAAUGCUGACCCCUACAGGCGAGGAAGUGCUGAUAUGACACCCCUGCCUGCUCAUUCUAUGAGCUCUAAUCCUUUAUCUUCACCUCUGAGACAUCAGUCCUAUCUUCAUGGUGUUGAUUUGUCAGCCAGCAGUGGCAGCAGUUUUCCUGGAUACCGUUACGGGGAUACAAGAGAAGGGAAUAUGAUGCCACGCGGUAACCCCCAUUUUCCCUCCCACCAUCCUUACCACAAUUUAUCCCCCCAGACUCAAUCCCCAAAUAAGCUUCAAAUGUACCCUCACCCUCGUGGCCCCCCUCACCACCCACAUGACAUAAGUGACUGGGUAAAAGCGAUGAACAGGCCAUCAAAGGAGAUGAUGAUGCAGCCUGGUUCAUCCCCAGGACGACAUAAGGCCAGCCAAUCAGAGCAGAGGCAGAGGAUGAUCCCCCAAACGGACAUGCCUGGUGAGCAACAAGCAACAAAAACUUCACUCCAUCACCAAAGUGCAUACUUUGAUUUGAAAAUGUGGGAGUCAACACAUCCAGGAAGAGAGGGCAGCAGAGUGAAAGAGGGUGAUUCCUUCUACAGAGCACAGCCUCCUCCUCCCCCUCCCCUUCCCCCUCCUCCUGCUCCGGUAGCUUCUCACGGCCCUGUUCCUCCACAAAUGACUCACAGCCAAAAUGCUGCUGAACCUGAGGCCUCCAGAGGAGCUGUAGAGGAAGUCAAACACCCCUGCCCAGCUCCUCCUCCCAGCACAGCUAAGCCUUCAGCUGACAUGAACUCCACUCAACCAAAAGUGCAGCGUCAAACUAAAGCUGGGGGUUCAGGAGACACAAAUCCGUUGAUGUUGCGAAGGCGAGUUCGUUCUUUUAUCUCUCCAAUUCCCGCCAAAAGGCAACUCCAGGAUUCAUCUCAGCAGAGGGCUGCCACAAAUUCACAUCACUCCCCCGUGGCUCAGACGGAGUCUAGCCAUUACAUUGAAGAUGACUCAGCAAGUUCAGAUAUCCCAUGUCCUCGGCUCUCUUCCCCUCUGCUCGGGGAGAAUACCUUUUCACAACCUCUGUCUCCGGCAAGCAGUAACACCCGGGUUUUGCCUGCAAGGAAAGGCCGCGGUCUGAAACUAGAGGCAAUAGUGCAGAAAAUCACUCCAAAUAUUAAAAAGCCAGCAGGCCAUGCUGAUGAUGAGUCAAAUCAUUACCACGGUUUCUCUCACCCAGAAAUACCACAGUUUAAUGAUUCACAGGACCAAGACAUAGCACACUUCCCCAGGGUGACAGGAGGGGAUGAUAGCUAUAUGGAUGAAAGUCACUCAUUAAACGACAUGAUCACCUUCAAAGGAGUCGAUGACGCCGGGCCUUUACCUCUGUCUACCUUCCCCUGUGACACCCAUCAGACAUCCCAAACCCUCAAACAACAAGACUUCGAUUUUGGAUUAGGAGCAGCUGUGGCCUCAGCGUCAGGUGACAAGGAGGACUUUGCUCUGCUCGGACCUCUACCACCUCCACCUCCUCUUCCUCGCCCAGUCCAGGGUUCUCCCCCUCCAUCCUCAUCUGCUCUGUCAGAUAUUCAACAUUUUACAAACACUUACCAGCAGCUCGAGACACGUAGAGGGGAGCAGUCUGCUGCUAAUCUUCUCCGACAGAAACUUCAAGAAUCUGGCAUAGGAUUUGACGAUUAUCCCAGCAGCGACUAUUACGGCACCACCCCGCCCCACCAUAGCCAGACUCAAGGGCACAUUCUGGGUAGACAGCAUCAGAUAUCCUCUAGUAGGUCCAGUUUGUCACCGCAAGAUUCAAAACCACCAGAGAGUGUUGUGCCCAAAGGCUAUUUCCCAUCUGGCAAGAAGAAGGGCCGGCCCGUAGGGAGUGUGAACAAACAGAAACGGGCCCAGAACCCAGCCCAAGCACAGGCACCGGGCCAGUCUCAAGCUCCGGCUCAAAACACUACUUCUUGUGCUCCCCCAGCUCCUCUAACUCCAACUCCAGCUGCUUCAACUCCUCCUCCACCGGUGCAAGCUAUGAGCACAUCUGUACCUGUUGCCCCCCCUCUGAUAGACACUCAAAACACUCCCCCGCUCGCACCACCUGUUUUAACCCAGGUAGUGAAAGUAGAUGUUGAGAGUGAGGACACACAGCCGGAGAUCGAGGUCAAACCUGUGAGGAGGAGACGCAAAGGUGUGAAAGAUGAAGAUGACCCGCUGGAGGCAAGAGGUCGACAGAGGAGGAGGAGGAGGAGAGGGGCGACGGUGCCGUCAACAUCAGUUGCUAAAGACGAUACAGACACACUUUCGGGGGCAGGAGGGAACUUAAGCGCAAAUAGAGUUCUUGUUGAUCCAAAUAGAAAAGGCCUGUUCAUUCCGCACAUACAUGUGGAGAAAAAGAUACCAGAGAUCGGGGCAGUGUGCACCAUUGUAAAUGCUGAGGAGGAUAAGAUGAAAGGAGAGCGGAGUGCAGUUGGGGGGAAGGCGAGCGGGAGUGGAAUUGAUUCUCUCCUGACCUCAGCUCUUUCGUCCCAGUUAUCUCGGAGAGACAGAGAGACGGAGAAAAGAGAGACAGACGAGGUGGAAACUACACUUCAGUCAGGGAAAGCGCUCCCUUCAUCUGGCUAUGUUGUUUCAGGCCCUGUGAUUACAGAGACCAAUCACUCCGGCCGUCUGCUUUGCUGCCUGUGUCAGAAAUGGGCAAAUUACAAACACCUCGGAGAUCUCUACGGGCCCUUCUAUCCAGCUGAAUAUGCAGCAAAGCUCCCCAAGAACCAGCCCCAGGUCAGACAAUGUCUGGCAACCACAGGAACAAACAAAACCGGACCAAAUUCAGACAUAAGCUCAAACUCUUUGAGCUCUUUCCAGGACACCCAAACACAAGAUGCUCAGUUUCCCAAGCCCUUCAGUGAGAGUUACUAUUCCAUGGGCCUCGAUUCAAACACAUCGUCUUUUGAAGCUGCUAUGAGAUGUGCCUCCAUAGCUAGUAGAGAGGAAACAAUGAUGCACAUACCUUCCUGGUCCUCCCCCACCACCAGUAACCAGAGACCAAUGUCUCUAACCUGGGAUAUGAACCUGGAUAUCAGGCCCAUACCUGAGCUAAAGAGGGAGCCAGACCUUGACGUCAACCAGCAACAGACUCAACAGCAGCCCCCAGAAGAAGCCCAACAGCGACCUCAACACAGAAAGCUGACCUCACACCCCCGCUUUAAAAGGAGGCACAAAUCCAGCGAGGAUUCUCCCAGAAUGGUGCCAUCCAACAGCAAAGCAUCCCUGCCCUUCCAGCCUCCUCCCCCAGCUCUGGACUCUUUGGGUCCCCUGGCACAGCUUGCCCAGCUCCCUCAGAUGCCCAUGGACCCGGAGGAGCUUUGGGUCCAUGAAGGAUGUAUUGUAUGGACCAGUGGAGUGUACCUUGUCAAUGGGAGGCUGUAUGGCCUGCAGGAGGCACUAGAUGGCGCCAGAGAAACAGUGAGUGCCCCCUGUUUUUUUCUGACCUCGAUUUGUUUUGGAAUGUUUCAGUUUUAUGGGAUGUUUGCAGGCAUCUAAUAAAGACUCACUGUGUUAAUUUGUGUUAUAAAGAUACUGAAAUCAGUAAAACUGCUCUACAACAGGCAUGUCUCAUGACUUUUCAUAGAGGCCCAGUUUAUAAAAAGUAAAGUGCUGAGGAGCCAAACAUAACCCUAAUGCUAACAAUGCACCUCUUCAAUAUAACAAUGGAGAAGGUGGUUGUUUCAACAAGUGUGAUCUGGCGUUUGAAAUAUUUCUUAUUCAGUUUGGAUAAACCAGAUUGACUCUUGGGACUGCAUGGGCUGCCAACUGAAUUUGUGUGCUCUACAAAAUAGUAUUCGUUGGGUUGUAAAUACAUUGAUUUCUAUCAUUUUGCAUAGACUUCAGUUAGUUUUUACUCUUAAAAAAUUGCUUUUUGUAAAACAGAUCCUGCAAUAGAAGUGAGCUUUAAGAAUUGUGAUCCAUUGCAUCCCUAGUUUUUACAGCAAGCAGUCUGCAUGUGGACGUGGCUUGUUGAUGACGGUGAUCCAAAACUAUGACAGUGCAGAAUGACAUUACUGGCAACCAAUACAUAACUUAAAAAAGGACAGAGAAAGUGACAGAGAGAGGCAGUAAAGUCAGAGUCAUAAGUCAUAACAGAAAAAAGGUCACGAUUAUACAUGGUUGAAGGGAAACGUACUUGGAGGGCCUGCUCAGGUAUCAUCUAUGCGUAGGAAACACUUGCUGCACUAGUUUAAAUCUUGUCCUUCUCUCUGUCUUUGCUCAGUGCUGCUCGUACUGUGAAACGGUCGGCUCAACCCUGGGCUGCUACAGUAAAGGCUGUACACUACGCUAUCACUACCUGUGUGCUAUUGAAGCAGGUGAGUGGAUUCAUUUAACACAGAACUAUGCUCCUUUAUAUAGGAGCUGGAUACCCUGCUAAAACAUAGAUAUUGUUUCGUAGUCUGUUCAGUAUUUUUUGCAUAUUUUCUGUCCCUUUUUCAGAUUGCUCUCUGAAUGAAGAUAACUUCUCAUUGCGUUGUCCGAAGCACAAGGUAAAGAAAGAGAGGUUGGUUUUUCAUAUUGUUUUCAAGGAACUUUUCUUUGUGUUUUUUAGUGAAAGUCUUUUCCGUCUGCCUUUCUCGUUUCUCACACCCCAGUCACAGACCGAGCUGUUAAACUUCAUUUCUUUCAAUCUCUUUCGCUAACCCCAGCAAUUUUCUUUCACUCUUUGUUUCUUUCUCUUACCUCUCCCUCUUUUCUUCUCUCAGUUUACCCAGAGCAUCCGGCCCGCCAAGUCAGUUUACCUGGAGCAGUCAGAGAGAGGCUGAGAGAAACUCAGAAGAACAGGAGAUGCAGGAGUCUGGGUGCUGUAAGUGUAGACCAGUUUUUCAUGUUUUUGUCUCUGUAUUUGUGUAGCAUACAGUCUGUAACCAGCACAGGCAUGUAGGCAUUAACCUGAAAGGAUAUUAAAGGUCGGUGGUUCUAGCUCUGCAGAGGGUAGCUGAACACAGCAAACCAAUUAUACAUUGUUAAGUUCUGCAAUCUUUUGUUUGGCCAAGUUAAAAAAAUGUUCUCAAUUUUGACUGUUUUCCAAGUUUUUAUGUUAGACUACUUGUUGAAAUUUGGAUUUUUGUUAAAACAGGAAACUCAUGGCUUUAGAACAUCUCCUAUUUUUUAUGAAAGGUAACUCAUGCUGACUAAAAUGCUGGAAACCAUUGGAAACUACCUAAAUGAAAUAAAAUCAAAUUCAAUGACCGGAAGUACCCACUUUUAAGUCAUUACUCAAACAAAAUAAGUAUUAAGUAAGUACAUUUCCACACUGACGAUAAAGUCUUUAUUAUAAUACAGAAAGAAGAUUAGUUUGAUAGUGAGUCAUAUCUUAAUCGAUAACCUGAAAGGUUUGUGACUUGAAUCUGUGUAGAUGACUUGCUGUAUCACUUCUGGUUUGUGGUUGUAUGCCAUUUUUCACUUUAGGCAGCUCACAGCUCACUGCGGCCUUCAAACUGAAAAUAUUGAUCCCAGGGGAAAAAACCUUGAUCUGAUUGUGUCCCACCACAAUCCUGAUUCUUUAGUAAAACAAUUUUACCCUCAACCCUGGUCUAGAGAUGUGCUUUACUGAGCUGUGAAAGAGGUAACUUUUACAAAGCUCUGGUUUAUUUGUCGUUUUCAAAUCCAGCCUUGAGUUACAGCGUAUUUUAAGUUUACCUUAGACUCCAAAAAGUAAACACAAAUAUUAUUAUUAAUCAAUGAUUUUUGAGGUGCAAAUCAAGGUUUGUAUGAUGGACAUUCACCCAGCAUGUGUAUAGGUGGAAGUGAUGAAGCUAACCACCAGUUAUGGUUGUUGUUUUUUUCCAUUUUUCUUCUCUCAGGUUGGUUUGGACAGUAAAAGGAUGAGAAGGGAUGUGGUUGUGAAGCAGCCCCAAAUGUGAACGGACAGGACUGGCAUCUGUGUCUGAACAAACCUUCAAGGGAAUGUAAAAUUUCUCAACAGGAAUCAGCAUUAUUUACGUUGAAGACAACGAAGAAAAGAUACAGUUUUUUUUUUAAAAAAAAAGAAGUAUUUGCUUUUCUCCUUAAACGCAGAAAAAGAACAAAAACAUGGACAUGCAACUUUAAAGGAGCGGAUCUACGAUUUAAAAAAAGAAAAAACAAAAAAGAUGGAUGAGGAGUAAAACAAGACGUCAAGGCAGACGGAGGAGCUGAAGGAACUUUCCUGUAAAGAACAAAAGACACAAACUUCCUCUCUAGGCUCACUAUGAUUUUCCUCAGAUAUCCUCAAAGUGUUCAACUCUUCAUAUCUUUUUUUUUUUUCUGGCUGUCUUUUCAUCUCUAGACGAGGUUUCGAAGCAAACCUGGAGAAGAAAAGGAGAUUUUUGUAUCUUCUCACACACUUGUAGUAUUUUAUCUUAUAUUAGGAUGACCACAAGUAUUAUUUUAGUCCUCAUUAUUAUUAUUAUUAUUAUUAUUAUUUUGUAUCCUCAUUAUUUACUCAUGAAAAUGAAAUGGAUGUAUCUCACUUUAAACACGUUAUCAGAUUUUUGUUUUUUUCAUUCCUGGAGAGGGAGGCGGAGCCAGAGCGACGUCGUCUGGAAUGUCAGGGUCGCAAUUUGCCACAAAGACAUUAUUGCCUUGGAGAACGGACAUUUGUUGCCUUUCAAAAAAGUCAUGUGAAUGAAUGAAGAGAGAGUGUGAGUGUGUGCGUGUGAGAGAGAGAGAGAGAGAGUGGAAAUAUCUGGGUCUUUGAUUCCAUUUUUUGGUCCUUUUGAAAAGUGUUCUUAUUUUUCAUCGCUGGGGUUUUUACGGUACAGAUAGUAUUCACGAAAAAAAAUCAGACGGACACAAUCUUAUUUUUCAAAAACAAAAAAUGUGCGAAGAGAAGGACAGCCUUGAAGGAGGAGGAAAUAACACUACGGACUAAUGUGUUGGCCAUCUUUGACAGCGCUGACUGGAACUGCGUUAAAGGAUGGGACACGGAGGAGUUGGAGAGGUUUUGCAAAGGAAGCUACGUUAAACUGACAGGUGUCAAAACCGAAAACUUUGGAGAGAGUGUCAUGUGAGCGGCUGUGACUGGCCAAUCAGAAGCGAGCCUUACCAAGUACUUUUGAAUGGUUGGAGCGAUUUGAUUGGAGGAAACAAAAAUCCAUUCAAAAAAAGCAUUGCCAUGAAAUUUAACAAAACGAGUCGUACAUGGUGUUGUCUUUAUCAUUUUUUAUUGUUAUUCUUGUAAAAAAAAAUUCAACAACAAGCUGAGAAGAAGACAGUUACACUAUCAAAACCAUGCUGUAUCAGAAACCUGUCAAUAUGUAUAUGAAUUAUGAAUACACCGAAAAAAAAUGCUCAAGAA